UAUAUAAACAUAUGGAUCAACUUAGAAAUUCCAGUACUACUUCUUCUGCUGAACAUGUAAUCAGUCCAAAUAGUCAAGAUAAUAGUUAUCAACAUAAAUUUUCUAGAGAUCCUUUUUCUAAAAAAGGCAGGUCUUAUAAUUUAACAAGAGCUGCUGCUAUUAAAAUGGUUACUUUUUCUUUAUUAUUUGCAUUCGUAAAUUUGUUGGCUUGUAUACCAAGCUUUUCUUCUAUUCUAAAAAAUCAACAUAUUGAAAGUGAACCUGGCGCUCUUGAUUUCAUUGGUACAACUCUUGGAAUUUAUGUAUUUCUCGUUUUUGGGUGGCCACAUAAUCUUCAAAAGGUUAAGCAG